GCAAUGGAAUAAUUAUUAUAUCAGGCACCGAUACUAAGAGAUUUUGUUAGACCUAUAUAGCGUAUUAUUUAAAUAAAAUUGAAACAAGUGUGUGUUUUAAAAAGCUAAGUUAGGAAGUCUUUAAAAGCAAAUAACCCCAAUCUAUCAAUUAUAAAAAGGGGGCAAAACAAGAAUUUAUUGGAUAAAAUACAACUUCUAGAGUGAGAAGGACUAGAGAGAGAGAAAGAAAUUGAAGAAAGAGAAGGUGAAGGAGGAAGGAGAAAUUACAGUGGGAGAAAGGAAUUGACUAAAAGCUUUUGAUUAAGGUAACUAAUCUUGAUAUCUUUCAUUUAUUUAUUUGAUUAUUUAAGAAAAAGAUAUAUGCAUGAGAUAUAUUCUAUGACAAGCAUUUAUUUCUCUCAUACACAUGUUUGAGUUUAAUUCAGAAAACCAAACUCGAAUAUAUUACUAUACCAUCUCAAUUGUUUAUACCACUGGGUAAUUGGGGUAUCUUCAAAUGCAUUAAAUUAGGGUUUCUAUCAUAAAUUAGGGUUCUUUAGAAAUUUGGGCAUUUUGAUUAUGUUGAUGAUUAUAUGAAAUUGAAUGGGAGAUUUUGUUAGUGUGUUUGAGGGAUGUAUUCGGAGGGUGGAAUUGAUGGGAAGGAGGGUCGGAGAGCCGCCGUGACGAGCUCGUCGACGGAGACCGACGUGGGGAGGCAAAGCGAAGAGGAAAAAAAGAAGGGGAAUAACGAGGGUGUUGGGUAGUGAACGAAGGAGAGGGUGGUGUAGUGCCACCACGGCCUGACGCCGGCAGCGGCGGCGAUGGUGAUGUAUGGCAGGGGAGAGAGGAGAUAAAAGAUGUGAGGGAGAUGAAGAAGGGGCAGUUUUGUAAUUUGCUUGUAAAUGGGUACUGAUAAUUAGUCUGCUGGGUAAAAUAUUGUUGCUGGAUUGUAAAAUAAAUUGUAUAUUUGGAUUCUUUGCGGAAAAAUAGAUGGAAUAGGCUUUUGAAUCGUUAAAAACGGAUUAGAAACGAAGGAGAUAUUAGCGGUCAAAGUUUCACCAUUAGAGUUGACUUCGAGGAGAGAGAAAGUGUUGGUGAGGUUGAGGAAGAUGAUGAUGAUGUGUCAUCUUCUAAUUGGCUAAAAUAUUUAAGGUUAGUAUUUAAUUAAUUUGAGGGAUUAAAUGAUGGAAUUAGUAGAAGUGUAAAAUAUGAAGAUUUAAGUAAAUAGUUUUUCGGAUUUAAUGGUGAAAUCAAAUUUUGGGUUCGAGAAAUAUUAAAUACAAUUCUAUAUUGGGUGAUUUAAUAAAUAAUUACUGAAUUUGUGGAUAUGGUUAAUAAGGAAGUGAGACUUUGGGAAAUCGAUAUAAUAACAAGAAUGGAACAAAUUAGAGAUAUUUGUGUGGAUUCUUGUCGCGAAUAAAUAAAUUAUAAGUAGAGAUUUAUAAUACAAUAUUUAAAGAUUUGAUUAACGAAUGAUUUAAGUGGAUUACUUAGAUUAAUAAUAGGGAUAUCAUUAUUUAAUUGAAGUCCAUUAUUUGGGGAUUUAAGGGAUAAUCGAUAGACUAGAGGAAUAAGAUAAAAACAAUCUAUAUAUUAUCAAAGGGAGGAGCUAUAAAUUAUGAAUUUAUAGUAGAUUAAUCGAGAUUAUUACUUAAAGUGGAGAAUUACUAAAUUUGUUAUUUCAUGUGGUAUAGAAUAUUUCUUAUCUGGAAGGCGAGCUCAAUUAUCCAAAUUGAGAUAGGAAUAUUUUUAUUUACCAAAGGAUGCCAGGCAAGUUCACUUAAUUCCUUCUCUUGAUGUGCCAAAGUUGUGUUAUUGAUUUAUCAAAUGUGAUUAUGUCUGAUAAUUGAUUCUAUGCUUGAAACUCGAUACUUUAAUAUAUUUGAAUAUUUCGAGAAGAUCUGGGAGAGACGGACACUAGAAGAUUUGACAUUUAUUCAUAUUAUUAUUAAAACAAACUUUCUUUGUUACCCAAGUCCACUCAUUGCUCUGGGUUGACUCAGUAUUGUGGAAAACCAGAAAUACCAUUAAUUUUCAAAUGUUUAACCUAUCAUAUUUUUUUUUUGAAAUGAUUAUUCUAUUCAGAAAUCUUUGCAUCGUUACAGAAUUCAUAUUCAAUAUUUGAUUACAACCUUGCUCGCAAUUGAGAAGUCUAGUUCAUAUCUUUGAGUUAUUGUUUCAAUACGAGCAUAAUUCAAUUGAAUUGUUCCAACCCUGAUUAUUCGCUAAUAUUGCUAUUUUGGUUGUCGAGAUCCCUAUCUUUUGAUUCGCUCCUUCUUAUGAACUUUGAUGAACCUGAUGUUCCCUUCAAAUAACUGAUUAUUCCUUCCAUAUACCUUAAAGUGGAUAAAUUGCUUGAUUAUUGAUUUCCUCUUAUGUUUCCUUAUUCUCUUUCAAUCUGUUAAACUUCUAUUCUUUAAUUCGAACAAUGAUUAAUCGAUUUUAUACAAGGAUCGUUAACCAUGUUCGGUUCUAUGUUAUUGUUCUUGGAAUGUUGUGAUCGGAUUACUUGUCUUCAUAAUCCGAGAGGUAUUAAAUUCUGAAUUGUGAGGAUGCAUUUGUUCGCAUUCUUGUGAGAAAAGGGAAGAUUUAUUCAAUAUGAAGUGUGCCAAUUUGUACUCAGGGGAUGAAUUUCAUAAACUGGUCAACACGAAUGAUUUGCAUUCGUGGAAGUGGUGGAAAAUGUAAAUUCUCUAUGUGGGGUAAAUUUGAGGGUUGAAAAUGAUAACCCUUAUGCUAGCAAAGUGUGGAAUUUGUGGGUGGCGCCAUUCGACAGUCGCGAUCAGGCUGCGAGGGCGACACAGGGUGGUACUCGCUCAAUGGCAGUGAUCGAGCCUUGUGUGGGACCACUGGGAUGGAGACCAGUAAUUGAUAUUUUAUUCUUUCUUGAACUCUGUAUGUGUGUUUGAUUGCAGCACUUCCUUUGAAUCUGCUUAAUUGACCUGUGUAAAUCCUUUUGUGAUUUAUCUUGUGAUGAUUUGUGUCAUAGUGGACUUGCUGAGCAUUCAAUUGCUCAUACUUGCAAUUCUUGAUUUCCUUUAAACAACAAAGGUAGAAUAAUGCACGAUUGAGAAGAACAAUCCAAAAGCGCACAAUAGCACGAACAAGGACAAGGCGUGAGGCUGUGGCAAGACGAAGGGUGGGAAGACUUGUUCCCGUGACGAGGAUAAGUGUAAUAUCGACUUUGGACUUGUGGGGCAAGGUAUGCAUCGUAAAACAGGUAUGCUGAAGGGGUGUGACGGCCUAGAUCCGAGGAAUGCGGAUCUGGGGGCGUUACAUAUUUGGUAUCAGAGCUGUGUUAUAUUCUUAGGAGACGGGAACCCUAGGAAUAUAACGAGAGAGUGAGAAACAAUAAUACAAGAGAUAAGAUAUAUGUAUAUGAUAGUUAUACAUCUACGAGAACAGGCAACGUUAUACAUGAAACCCGAAAAUCUAUAGUGGGACAUGAAACCUCAUAGUUAUAAAUACAUAUAUGUAUAUACAUGUAUCUUUAAGAUGAGAAACUUACAAUGACAUUGUUUAAUUAUUUGUGAAGAUGAUAAUAGCUAGAGGACGCUCUUAUACACCCUAUCUUUAGGAAUAAUAUGGGUUGUGGUGCAUCAAAGUAAAUUAUGAUUGCUCAUAGCAAUUCAGAGAAUAUGAUUAUUCUAGUCAUUGAGCCUUCACCACCUGAGGUUAUAGGUUUGGUAACCUACUAGUUACCCAGUAAUUAUUACCAUGUCAGAGGGAUAGGCAUCAAAUUUACCUUAUAAAUUUUUUCCGAGACUAACGUCUCACUAUCAUUGAAUAUCCAAAUAUCCACCCUCGUCUUCUAUCCUUUCAUUACUUACAUCAGAGGUUAGAUAUGAUCAGUGAUUGUCGAAGAUACUUGGAUGCUUUCAGCUGACUUUUCUAAAGGCUACUUCAUUCACUUUUGAUUCCACUACGAUGCUAACUCCUUAUCGGUAUCAAUUCAAGUUCCAUACCUAUAACAACACCACAUAUUGGCGAGAUUUUUCUCCCAUAUUUUGCAAUUUUCCAGUUCAAUAUAUAUAUUCAAAUACCAAGCCAUGAGCUCGAAUGUUACAACUAGAGAUUUCUACCCCAAAGACUUUUGUUCCCAUCUCAUGUUAUAUUAAGAUUCCGAUCUUUCUAUUAUAAGGUUCCUUCUUUUCUACUUUGAAACUCUUUUAUCAAUUUCUGUUCCAAUUUCCGCAUCAAUCUCAACACCAAAUUUUUAUUCCAACACCAAUCAGUUCUUGUUCUUAUGCUCCAUAUGUUGGGAGCGAGACAGUGCCACUCUCUAAACACUUUACAUUAUAUGAUGGUAUCAGAUGUUAUCGAAGUAUUACUUUGAGUUUUCAGUUUUUCAUGACGUAUCUUUGGGGAUACGAGAAUUAUAUAUUUGUUCAGGAAGUCUGGGUUCCUGGCUCGGGUAAUUAUGAUAAAAGAAUCUAUCGAAUAGUUAUUUAUGUAUUCGAGAGAUUUUGGAUAUAUAUUCAACAGACUUUGUCAACCGGCUUCGGACACAUUGGAGCCAUUGUUGUGAAUUGAAAAUUCUAAGAAUUUUGGUAUAAAGUUACAGAGAUAUUCAAACAUCGAUGGUUCAGAUUUCUUUGGUAUAAUUUGAUUUUUGUAAGAUAACAUUUAUAAUUUACGAGUAUUUGGAGUUCUAUUUCUGUUCGUAUAUAGUUCAUGACUAUUGACAUUGUACGCUAACGGGCAUGAGAGUCUUGCAUUUCCUUAUUAUUACAAUGCAGAUUCGUACAUAAGAUCUUUCGAGCAAAUAGGGAUGUAGCAGACAUCUUAUUAAUCAUGAUUAUAUUAAUACCUCAGUGAUUAUUAGGACAAUAAUGUCUUCGAAUAAUGACAAAAUGGUACUCGAACUUAGUGUGCAUAUGAUGAAGACCAGUGAAAAUGGACAGUUUUUUUUUGAGAUGAUUUACAAUAUGUGAUAUGCGUGAUCUUUUGUACUUAUGAAACCGCUGUUCUAUCCUUGAUCUCGGUAUCUUGUAUCACCUUUUUAUUAAAAAACGUUUCACAUACCUAUUUCUUUUCAAAACCGCUUUUAAAUCUAAACCACCUACCUUUUGCUAAUGUGAAACCUUAGGCAUGUUGAUAUACUUCCUUGAACAAUUAUUAAACCUUAACUGUCUUUACCAUUUAAUCUUUAUUUCAUAAACAAAACUCUUGUUAAACAUUUGGUAAACAAUUUUGCACCACUAUAAACAGUUGCUAUAGUUGCACUCUUGCAUUUCAAAUAAACCUGUACACCAUGUGAGAAUAACCUAUUUUUGUUCCUCCCUUAUAGAAACAAGAUGAACUCUGAAAUUGGUAAAAACCAAGAACAUGAAAUUCCACCAGAGAAUGUUUCAGCCAAUUCUGAUCCGAUAUAAAUGCUCUUUGAUCUCUUAAAACAACAUGCUCCCAACCUACCAACUCAUACCAACGGAGCAUCAAUCAACCAACCACCUAAAUCAUUUGUUAUAUUCAAAAACUUUUAAUUUUGUACACCUCCUGAGUUUUAAGAAACCACGGAUCCUAUUGAAGCUAGGACCUGGUUAAAAGAAAUUUAAAAAGAGAUUUUGAGAUUGUGGGAGUUGAGGAUGAUAAGGAAAACUCUAUUUGCUACAUAUAUGUUAAACGUGGAAGCUAACUAUUGGUGGGAUGCUAAAAAGGAUCUAGAAGGGACUAGUGUUAUGACGUGGGAAUGCUUUACGAAAUUAUUCCAUAGAAACAUUUUCCUAAAUACCAUGAGAAUCACGUAACUCAGAUUCUUAGAACUUAAACAAGAGAACGUGUCUGUGGCUGAUUAUGAAGCCAAAUUUACAUAACUUGCGAAGUUCGUACAACACUAUGUUGAUAUUAAUAAAAAGAGAGCCCGACGUUUUCGACAAGAAUCGAAACCCUGGAUCCUAAGCAAGGUAGUGAUUUGAACUUAGUAAUCAUGCGAAUCUGUUUUAGAAGGCUGUUAUCGUAGAAAGCGGGAGUGAGCUAUACAGCCGUGAAAAGAAUGGCAAGAAAUGGAGGGCACCAAAGCCUGGUCGUAGCCAAAAGAAGAAGAUAUGGGACUAGAAUAUUAAAAAAAAAAAACCUUUUGUUAAAAUGCUAUUCAACAGGGAGGGAACACUUUGAAUCAGAAAUUGAGAAAAUCGCGACGGGAAUCAGGGGUUCAGGCCCCCAUAUGCUGCAAAUCUUCUCCAAGGAAGACCUCUUCUGCGUGAAUGCAAGAAUUGUUGAAAGAAGCAUCCAGCUCCGGGCUAUCAAGAGUUUGCCGUUUGUUUUAUCUGUUGACAGAAAGGACAUUAUGCUUCGAAAUGCAAAUAAAAACCUGUUACUUGCUUCAACUAUGACAAGAUGGGCCACAUGUUCAGGGAUUGUUGAGCACGACGUAAAGAAGACACUAUUCUGAGAUUAUCAACACCUCUAGAAAGGAGCAAGGCAACAUUGUACACCUUUAAUAUGGCAAUGAAAGACGCUAUAGUCAAUGACGACAUUAUUUCAUGUACACUUACAGUAUAUCUUUAAGAUGUUUGUGUGCUGAUUGAUUCCGGCGCCAUCAAAUGGUGUAUUUUUGUAAACUUUAUGCCAAAAAAAAAAAAUACAAAAAAGUUAGGUAGUGUUGCGAUACCUCUAGAAGAACCCACGAAUAUAAAAAUAGCGAAUCAGGAUGUGAAUUCUGUGGAUCAAGUGUUUCCUAGUUGUGAAGUAACGAUUCAGAAAUAAAUUUUCAAAGUAGAUUUAAUUCAUUUUAAGUUAGGGGAUUUUGACGUGAUAUUUGGAAUGGAAUGGUUACGAGUUACGGUUAACGAGUUACGACACUCAGAUUUAUUGUAGACGAAAACGUAUAAGAGGUAAUAGUGGAAAGAGAGUGAUUGUAAGAAGACGAGACCAAGAUAAGAAAAUUUUGAUCAUGAUACAGUCCAAGAAAUUGCUUCGGCAAGGAUGUCAGGCCUAUUUGGUGCACGUGAUAGAUACGAAGAAAUAGAGUCCUGAGAUGGAAGAAAUCUCGGUGGUAAAUGAGUAUGUGAAUGUUUUUUUUUUAAAAGAGUUACCGGGAUUACCCCCAACUAGGGAGAUUGAGUUCACUAUAGAUCUUGUGCCAGGUACCGCACCUAUAUCAAAAGCUCCUUAUAAAAUGGCAUGAGCAUCAAUAAAAGAGUUAGCAACACAAAUACAAGAAUUAUUAGGAAAAAGAAAGAGUCAUUGGGCCAAGUGUAUCCUCGUGGGGAGUUGCAGUGUUGUUUGUAAAAAGAAAAAAAGAUGGAAGUAUGAGGUUGUGUAUUGAAUUUAGGGAAUUGAAUAAGGUGACAAUAAAGAAUAAUUACCCUUUGCCAAGGAUUGAUGAUUUAUUUGAUCAAUUGAAGGGAGCAGCUCACUUUUCUAAGAUUGAUUUAAGAUCUGGAUAUCAUCAACUUAAGAUUAAACUUGAAGAUGUGCCUAAGACGUCUCUUAGAACGAGAUAUGGACAUUAUGAGUUCUUAGUAAUGCCUUUUGGGUUAACCAAUGCACAUGUAGCCUUUAUGGAUCUUAUCAAUAGAGUAUUCAAGAAAUAUUUGGAUAAAUUUGUGAUUGUUUUUCUUGAAGACAUUCUGAUUUACGAAAAGAGCAUAUAGAGCAUCUAAGAACCCCAUUGAAAAUUUUGAAGAAGAAAAAGUUGUAUGUGAAAGUUUUAAAAUGUAAGUUUUGGUAGGGGCAAUACAAUCUCUUGGAUAUGUAGUUUUAAAGGAUGGUAUAUCAGUAGACCCUGUGAAGAUUGAAGCAAUAUGAAAUUGGGAAAGGCCUAGGAUUCUGACUGAAUUUAAAAGUUUUCUUGGAUGGGCUGGCUAUUAUUGAAGAUUUGUACAAGAUUUUGCAAAUAUUGCAACUCCUUAAAUACGAUUUACCAGUAAGGAAGAAAAUUUCGAAUGGACGCCAAAGUGCGAGGAAAUCUUUCGAGAACUUAAGAAAAGACUUACAACGACUCAUGUAUUUGCGUCACCUGAUGAAAGUGGAAACUUCAUGAUUUAUAGUGAUGCGUCUCACAAAGGCUUAUGAUGCGUAUUGAUGCAACACGAGAAAGUAAUUGCUUACGCCUCUAGACAGCUAAUAGACUAUGAGCUCAGGUAUUCUACCCAUGAUUUGGAGUUAGCGUUGAUUGUAUUCGCAUUAAAGACUUGGCGAUAUUGUCUAUAUGGCGAGAAGUGUGAGAUAUAACUGAUCAUAAGAGUUUGAAGUAUUUGUUUACAAAAAAAAAAUGAAAAUGAGACAGUGAAGAUGGUUAGAAUUGAUCAAAUGUUACGAUGUGCAAUUAGUUAUCGUCCUGGCAAAGGAAAUGUAGUGACUGAUGCGCUAAGUGAAAAGAAAGAUUAAAUAUGCUAACCUUACCUUUAGAAUUAAGGAAGGAAACAGAAAGUCUAGAGUUGGAAAUAAAAGAUUUGAGUUUAGAAGGAGAAAGACUUUACGUGAUGUUGUUACAACUUGAAUUACUAGGAAAAGAUUAAGACAUGUCAAGAGAAAGUGGUGGAGAAGCAAAUGAAGGAAUUGACAUAAAGAAAGAUACUUAUGUCUAGAGGAUGAGAAAGGAAUUCAGAGAUUUGCUAUUAGAAUUUGGAUUCCUAGAGUAUUGGAGUUGAAAGGAGAGAUUCUGAGUGAAGCACAGGAUUCAAAUAUUAUGUACCGCGGGAAGUAUGAAGAUGUACCAAGAUCUUAAGACACACUAUUGAUGGCCAAAUAUGAAAUGUGAAAUUGCAGAUUGGGUGUGUAAAUGCUUAACUUAUCAAAGAGUAAAAGAGGAACACCAAAUAUCAAGUGGAUUACUAUGGCCUUUAGAGAUCCCAGAGUAGAAAUGGGAACACAUUACUAUGGUUUCAUUGUAGGGUUACCGCAAGCACGAUCAAAGCACGACGCCAUUUGGGUUAUCAUAUAUAGACUUAUGAAUUAGCUCAUUUUCUACCAGUAAGUGAAAAGUAUACAAUGGAGAAGUUAGUGACUAUGUAUUUGAAGGAGACUGUGAAUCGUCAUAGAGUGCCCGUGUCAAUUGUAUAAAAUAGAGAUGCAAGAUUAGCUCAAGAUUCUAGAAAACCUUUCAAGAGAGCUUAGGAACUAAGUUGAAAUUUCAGUACUGCUUAUCAUCCACAAACAGAUGGACAAAGUGAAAGAACAAUUAAGACAAUCGAGGAUAUUUUAAGAGCCUACUCAUUAAAUUUUAAAGAAAGUUGGCACGAUUAUCAAUUAGCUCUUCCAUAGGACUUGCAACAUAUUCGUAAUGUAUUUCACAUGUCGCUAUUAAAAACUUACAAGACUGAUAAACGACAUAUUUUGGAUUAUGAGCCAAUAGACGUACAACUUGACUUGACUUGAGAAGAAAGAAUCGUUCAAAUAAUGCAUACAAGAGUUGAGAACACAAAAAGUAAAGUUGGUCAAGUUGAUAUGGCAAAAUAAAGCUGUUGAAGAAGAAUUUGGGAGCUAAAAGAUGAAGUGCAGAAGAAUCAUCUCUCUUUGGUUGGAAAUCAAACAUGAUUCCGAGGACGGAAUCCUUUAAGGGGGAGAGACUGUAACGACCGCAAAACUUCAAGCACGUAUAUAUAUACACGUUAUUAUCAUUAUAUUUUUAUUUUUAUUAUUAUUAUUUAUGCACUAAGUAGCAAUUUUUUUUAAAAUCAACAGACACAAGAUUCGCGAAGUACGAUUUUAGUGCAAUGGAAUAAUUAUUAUAUCAGGCACCGAUACUAAGAGAUUUUGUUAGACCUAUAUAGCGUAUUAUUUAAAUAAAAUUGAAACAAGUGUGUGUUUUAAAAAGCUAAGUUAGGAAGUCUUUAAAAGCAAAUAACCCCAAUCUAUCAAUUAUAAAAAGGGGGCAAAACAAGAAUUUAUUGGAUAAAAUACAACUUCUAGAGUGAGAAGGACUAGAGAGAGAGAAAGAAAUUGAAGAAAGAGAAGGUGAAGGAGGAAGGAGAAAUUACAGUGGGAGAAAGGAAUUGACUAAAAGCUUUUGAUUAAGUGUGUUUGAGGGAUGUAUUCGGAGGGUGGAAUUGAUGGGAAGGAGGGUCGGAGAGCCGCCGUGACGAGCUCGUCGACGGAGACCGACGUGGGGAGGCAAAGCGAAGAGGAAAAAAAGAAGGGGAAUAACGAGGGUGUUGGGUAGUGAACGAAGGAGAGGGUGGUGUAGUGCCACCACGGCCUGACGCCGGCAGCGGCGGCGAUGGUGAUGUAUGGCAGGGGAGAGAGGAGAUAAAAGAUGUGAGGGAGAUGAAGAAGGGGCAGUUUUGUAAUUUGCUUGUAAAUGGGUACUGAUAAUUAGUCUGCUGGGUAAAAUAUUGUUGCUGGAUUGUAAAAUAAAUUGUAUAUUUGGAUUCUUUGCGGAAAAAUAGAUGGAAUAGGCUUUUGAAUCGUUAAAAACGGAUUAGAAACGAAGGAGAUAUUAGCGGUCAAAGUUUCACCAUUAGAGUUGACUUCGAGGAGAGAGAAAGUGUUGGUGAGGUUGAGGAAGAUGAUGAUGAUGUGUCAUCUUCUAAUUGGCUAAAAUAUUUAAGGUUAGUAUUUAAUUAAUUUGAGGGAUUAAAUGAUGGAAUUAGUAGAAGUGUAAAAUAUGAAGAUUUAAGUAAAUAGUUUUUCGGAUUUAAUGGUGAAAUCAAAUUUUGGGUUCGAGAAAUAUUAAAUACAAUUCUAUAUUGGGUGAUUUAAUAAAUAAUUACUGAAUUUGUGGAUAUGGUUAAUAAGGAAGUGAGACUUUGGGAAAUCGAUAUAAUAACAAGAAUGGAACAAAUUAGAGAUAUUUGUGUGGAUUCUUGUCGCGAAUAAAUAAAUUAUAAGUAGAGAUUUAUAAUACAAUAUUUAAAGAUUUGAUUAACGAAUGAUUUAAGUGGAUUACUUAGAUUAAUAAUAGGGAUAUCAUUAUUUAAUUGAAGUCCAUUAUUUGGGGAUUUAAGGGAUAAUCGAUAGACUAGAGGAAUAAGAUAAAAACAAUCUAUAUAUUAUCAAAGGGAGGAGCUAUAAAUUAUGAAUUUAUAGUAGAUUAAUCGAGAUUAUUACUUAAAGUGGAGAAUUACUAAAUUUGUUAUUUCAUGUGGUAUAGAAUAUUUCUUAUCUGGAAGGCGAGCUCAAUUAUCCAAAUUGAGAUAGGAAUAUUUUUAUUUACCAAAGGAUGCCAGCAAAGGUAGAAUAAUGCACGAUUGAGAAGAACAAUCCAAAAGCGCACAAUAGCACGAACAAGGACAAGGCGUGAGGCUGUGGCAAGACGAAGGGUGGGAAGACUUGUUCCCGUGACGAGGAUAAGUGUAAUAUCGACUUUGGACUUGUGGGGCAAGGUAUGCAUCGUAAAACAGGAACCCGCAGCCGCUACCCUUCGGGUGCGCACUGGGUAAACCCACGAGCUCACGCAAUAGCCUGCAAACUACGUGAACCAAGUGUUGGCUUCUUGAUGGGUCGAAGAAAAGGUUCGAAAAACCGUAAGCGUCAAUGGAGAGUCGGUGAUCCUGUGCUUGCCAAACUUACUGGCUUUCCGUCUUGGCCUGCGAAGGUUGAGGCGCCGGAGAAAUAUGGUCUUCCAGUGGACUGUAAAAAGGUGUUCGUGUUUUGCUUCGGCACCCAGCAAAUUGCAUUCAUUAAUCCAGUUGAUGUUGAAGCGUAUUCGGAAGAAAAGAAGGAUUAUCUUAUAGUGAAUCGUCAUACUAGAGGUUCUGAUUUUCAUCGUGCAGUACUUGAGAUUAUUGCCUAUUCUAAGAAGUCAAGAAAUGAAGACAAAGCUGCAGAUAAACAAGACCCUUUCCAUAUUAAGGAAGCGACGCCAUCUGAGGAUCCUCUUUGUAAUGUCAAUGCAAAAGAGAUGUUCCUGCCGACAGGGGAAGAUAAUAGAGUUGCAGAAGAACAGAAACUAUUCACGGAGAAACGGUUGAUGUCUAAUCGACGGUCAAGAAAUUCAUCUCAGGUGAAUUCCUACAAACUUCGGAACUCUAUAAAGCCGUCUAGCAAGAUUAUAGAAGGUGGAGGGAUUGGAGGCCGGUAUGGGAUGCGGAGUCCCUCGUGUAGGAGGCGGCGAACUAAGAAAUCACCAGAUGUAUCUAAACUUAAAGAUGUUGGUUCAACUGCUUCUGUUUUUUGUGGCAGUUAUGAAAAAAAUGAUUCAGUAAUUGGCACGGUUGGCUCUGGUUCUCUUAGUUUCAAUGAGGGGAGCACUAUGGUGUCUGGUUAUGGACUGCCGCAGACAGAAUCUGCUGUUAAAUGUACUGAGGGAGAUACUGAGCUUAGUAAUAAGCUUGACUUGCCGUCCAGUGCUGUUAUUGUGAAGAAAAAAAGAAAGCCUAUCAGGAAACGAGCCAACAGUGGUACUAAUGAACUUACUGGACUUGAGAAAGAGCCAGCAUCAGAGAUUGAAGAGCAUAAAGCCUGUCAGACUCCACCUAGUAGUAAUAAGGAUUGGGAUGUGGAUUACAUCAAUGAUGACGGAGAUGAGCAUUUGCCAUUGCUCAAAAGAGCUAGGGUCUGAAUGGGUCUAUUAUCAUCUGAAGUGGAGGAAUUAGAUUCCCCAGUCUAUCCGGAGAAAUCUUCUGAAGUUUCCUUGGUCCAUCCUGAGAAAUCUUCUGAAGUUUCAUAUUGUUGGAUGAUAAGCGUUGCUGUUUUCUUUCAUAAGAGGCCUUAAAACAUAUCAAAUACUGACAUGAUCAAAUUUUAUAAUAUUUUAAUUGGCUAGUACAAGAGAUAUAAAUAUAAAUUUAUGUACUUGAUUGGGAUUUAGAAUUAAUUUAAAUUUAUAUGCUCCUAUUAUACUAGUGUCAAAAAGAUUAUAUAUUUCAAGGCCCAAAAAAGAAGAUAUACCAUGGCCAAAUAUUGCAUGACUUAAACUAGAAGAACCAUGUGGAGUAGGGUAUUGAUCUUUCUUGGAGCAUAUUCUUCAUUAUAUGCGAACUGAAGUGAAAUUUUUGUACCAUCACUAGCUAAUCUUUGUAUCGAGUCAUUGUAGAUUUAUAUAAACACAAACCCGAUUUAAAGGUUGGAAAUGAAGUGUAUCAUAACUUCUGUAUUAUAUAUUUACUAUCAACUUAAGAAUAUGUUUAUUAGUACCUUCAAUCUCCAUCUUUGUUUGCUUCAUCUUUAUCAAAAUCCUCAACUUCUCCA